AUGAGUUCUGUCAGCGCCACGCCGCUCCACUAUGUCAUCGUAAGUGGACGUACACGCCGUUGUGAGAACAGUGGAGAUGAUGAAGACGAGCCCGAGCGGGUUGUGAUCCUCCCGAGCAGGGGUGACCUUUUCGGCAGAGCACUAAACGACAGUAAAAACGGUGGCGUGGAGCAUUUUGCCACUGUGCGCAUACUUAAAAGUUCAUUACGGACCGUCUACGCUCGCAAGUUUGGCAAAGUCACAGAGGUGUGUUCCCAAGGGGAGAGGAGUGGCUGGGGGACAGGAAGCAACGUCCGGGGUUCAGAUACAGAACCCCCCAAAAAAACUAAGCAACAUUUGGCGAUACACUGUCCAACAGAGACCACCUCCAGGAAAUCCGGGCCCCAUGAAAACACACAUUGGACCGCCACGGAGCAGCUGUUGUCGCCACAUCUGUUUGCUUGGAAUUGUCCUAUCUUUUUUUGGCUGUACACGGCGGACCCCGAUCUCCAUCAGAAUAAUAGAUUCCGCUUUGCAGUUGAUGGCUUUGAGCUAAACCUUGAGUUGAUUCCCACCUUGAAGUGCAGCAAAGCAGAUGAAACCCCAGUAGGACGCUCAGUGGUGUGCACACUGAAGCGUGGUGAUGACUCCCGACGCCUGACUGGCUUGUCUCCUCUCUCAUGCUGCGCUAGCACCGCCAGCGCUGCCGCUACAGUAGACCUUAAAGCACGAGCUAGCGCGCUAGCUGCCAUGAAUAAAGACAGACUCAUACUUUGAGAAGUCAAAUCUGUCAUGAUGGGUAAUUAAACUCCGUUUGACAUUAUGGGAGGGAAAUAAUGGCAGCCUUUUUUUGUUUGUGUCGUGAGGGCUACAGGCAAAGCAUUAUGCAACGGUUGUUAGCUGUCUGUUGGCGAAACAUCAAAACAAAAAGGUUGCCACUGUUUUUCUGACUAGUUGACCUCCUGUCUGAACAUUUCACCGUCUCAGACAACAUUUUUACAUUAAAAGACAAAAGCAAUGCUGUCUUUUUGGACUUUGUUUACAGCAAGAGACACACGCUGCUUGUCAAGCUAGCAGGGUCCUAGUUCCCUUUUAGGUUGUUCCUUAUGCCAAGUGCUAUGCUAGGCUAGGAUCAAGCUAAUUGUAGGCUUUUCGUCAUCAAUUUAGUGCUAAUAGUAACAAAACUAUCUUACUAGUAAACCGGUAGUGGAUGAAAAUUAAGUAGUCAUGCUAAGCUAGGCUAAAGGCUAGCAUGUGUUACCAGUUUGGAAUUAUCAAACAACAAAAUAACAACAAAAUGUAAAAUGGUAAUGUCGGUUUUCUAUGGUAUGCUAGCUAGCUAGGCUAGGAUAAAGCUAAUUGUAGGCUUUUCAUCAUCAAUUUAGUGCUCAUAGUAACAAAACUAUCUUAUUAGUAAACAGGUAGUGGAUGAAAAUUAAGUAUUCAUGCUAAGCUAGGCUAAAGGCUAGCAUGUGUUAGCUGUUAUGGAAUUAUCAAACAGCAAAAUAACAACAAAAUAACAACACAAUUUAAAAUGGUAAUGUCAGUUUUCUAUGGUAUGCUAACU